GUACUACGUGUAAUCCUGAUGUGGAUAUGGGCCCACUGGACCGAUUUUGGAACUAAUGAAGUGCUGAAGAAGAUUCUAGUCGACUUUGUGCCUGUGGUUGAAGAGGGCGGUUUCGUGAUUUCGUCGUUUAUGAUGAAUGAAGCCAUUGCGAAUCGAGAGAAACGGCACAGCGAGCGGCAGGUAAUCAUCAAGGACUUGGAAUCGCUGGCCAACUCAGCUGGUGCACCGAUUGACAGUUGGUUUGGACUGUACAGCGAGAACGACAUCGCCGAUCAGAUGACUCUGUUGGACAGCACCAUCUACUCCACUGUGCCUGUGCGUCAUUUUCUGUAUCACAUCUGGCCACUCAAGCACAACCAGCCCAAGAAGAGUGCCACGAAACCGCCGAGAAGCAGUACAAAACCACAAGAGACGCAAAACUCCACCAAUGAAGUCACUGCAAUCUCAACCAAG